AUGAAUAAGCAAGUUGCAGAACAGGUGACACCUCUUGUACCAGAAAAUUCUAACAGAGAGAAGCCAGCAAGUAAUGCACAAAGGGUGAUACCUGCACCCUUCCCUGAGAGACUGGUCAAACAAAAUAAGGCAGACCAAUAUAAGAAGUUCAUAGAGAUGCUGCGUCAAAUUAAGUUGAAUAUUCCUUUGAUGGAUGCCUUGAGGAAGAUGCCCAACCUGCAGCGCAGUGGUGGCAAACCGAUGGCUCAAAAGAUGUUGGACCCAGGUAGCUUCACUAUUCCCUGCACAAUUGGAAGUUAUGCCUUUGCAAAGGCGUUGUGUGAUUUGGGAGCCAGCAUAAAUCUGAUGCCGCUGGCUGUGUACACCAAUCUGGGCAUUGGUAGAGCUAGGCCAACUUCAAUGCUGCUACAGCUGGCUGACUGCACAGUGAAGAGGCCCACUGGUAUUCUUGAUGAUGUGUUGGUACAAGUGGGGAAAUUCGUGUCCCUUGCAGACUUUGUUAUCUUGGAUUGUCAGGUGGAUGAGGAGAUACCCUUUAUUUUAGGGAGACCAUUUUAA